AUGAUUAUUAGUCGUGAGGCGACCGUCAAGAUGAAAGCAGUGGCCAAGUUCAGUCUCAGUUUCCUAGUGCUUGUCAGUGUGAUAUUCGGACUAUCCACUGCCCAAACGCAGCUCCGAAGGCAGUAUGAGCAAAAUCGACGAACGGCAAGUGGUGGUUGGGCUGCCCGCACCCGUGAACCGGCGGCAGUCUCCGAUGCCCCCGCACGCAGUCCGGUAAGACAGCAGGGCCCGGUACAGGCGACCGACGGUGAUGAGAUCGACCCGGAACUGUCGGAGAACUGUCCCGAACCGAACGGAUACUUUGCGGAUGCGGAACAGUGCGACAAGUACUAUCAGUGCCGUGAUGGACAAAUUACCGAGAAGCUAUGCCCGGACGGUAUGGUGUUCAACGAUUACGAUUCCGAUCAGGAGAAGUGCGAUCUGCCGUUUAAUAUUGACUGCAGCAAGCGCCCGAAACUGCAAACCCCGAUACCUUCCCUGCACUGUCCACGUCAGAACGGUUACUUUGCCAGUGAAACUGGGGCGUGCGAUAAAUUCUACUACUGCGUCGAUGGUAUGUUUAACAUGAUCACCUGCCCGGAAGGAUUGGUGUUCAAUCCCCGCACCGGUAUCUGUACGUGGCCGGACGAGGCACAGAAGAAGGGCUGCUCUUCGGAGGAUGUGUUCAAGUUUAGCUGCCCGAAGGUGAACGAAAGCGAAGCCGCUACCCAUCCACGGUAUGCCGAUCCGGACGACUGUCAGUUCUUCUACGUGUGCAUCAACGGUGAAACACCGCGUCGCAACGGUUGCAAGCUCGGACAGGCAUUUGACGACGUCGGCAAACACUGUGAAUGGGCCCGGAAGGUGCCGGAUUGUGCCGAUUGGUAUAAGGAUCGUCUUACCGAUAAGCAGCUGGAAGAGCUGGAGAAUCCGCCAACACCGAAACCGAAACCGGCCAACAGCCCAUCGAAGGUUUCCCGCCGUCGUCCAUCAAAACGACCCAAACAACCCGUAGACGAUUCGGAGUAG